GACGCUCUAUAUUUUAUCUGUUUUACAGUUGUGGCAUUUUUAUAAAAAAAAUUGUCAUGAAUAUAAUAAAUAUGUUGUGCUAAUGUAUUUUUAAAAAGUUCCGAACUUAAUUAUAAUUACUAUAAACUGUUACGGCAACUAAAUAAAUACUAUAUUUGCCGUGAGAUGAGUGAAGAUAUAAAUGAUAUCACUAUGACAAGUAACGAAGCUGAUUCGUCCCAAACGCACGGUCAUGAAGCCACAUCCAGUGCCAACACUGAUGAGGCAGGAUCCAGCAGUGCCACAACCCCCACUGGUACUGAGGGCCAGGCAUCGAGACAGUCUAAUUUACAGCGCAUACAGCAACGCAAGCAACAAGUAUUCAACUGGCCACACAACAAAAAACUUCUUAAACUAGCUAUAUACUCUGCUUGCCAGACACCCGACUGUACCUGCAAUGGAUGGAAGACGCCUGUACCCCAGCAGGCAAUCAAAGGAAAUGCACGAGCAGACAACCAACCUCUAGCCACCUUCAACGACCCAUGCCGUCACUGUGGUCACAUAUUGGAAAAUCAUGUAACACAACUGCAAGGUCUAUCGGUCAAUGAAGUGAAUAGACUGCUGGGGGCAGUUGUCGACGUGGAAAACAUUUUCAUGUCAAUGCACAGAGAAGACGAUCAUGAUACUAAAAGAGUUUACUAUUACCUGUUUAAGCUUCUACGGAAAUGUAUCCUGACCCGCAGUCAGCCUCGUAUCGAGGGUCCACUAGGCCAGCCGCCAUUCGAGCGACCCUCGAUCGCGAAGGCCAUCACCAACUUCGUAUUGUAUAAGUUCCAAGCACUACCGCAACGUGAAUGGCAAACCAUGUAUGAUCUAGCAAAAAUGUUCCUACAUUGUUUUAACCACUGGAAUUUCGAGACUCCGAGUGUAAGGAAAUUGCAAGUCUCUAAUCCAGAGGAUAUAUCUGCAUAUCAAAUUAAUUACACAAGAUGGCUGGUGUUCUGCCACGUGCCAGCGUUCUGUGACUCCCUACCUCACUAUGAAACCUCCCUCGUGUUCGGGCGGACUCUCCUCCGAGCGGUCUUCAAGUCUGUCUGCAGGCAGCUCAUGGACAAGUGUCACUCUGAACGGGAUCGGAUGCCACCAGAGAAACGAGUACUGGUUCUCACACAUUUCCCCCGCUUCCUGGCGUUGCUCGAAGACGAAAUCUUCAGCGCCAACUCGCCAAUCUGGGACCCAGACUACAAACAAGUGCCGCCCACUCACCUUCAAGCCAUAUUAGAGAACAAAGGAACUGGUCGGCGUGGGGAAUUUGAGCGCGUAACGGCCAGUGGCGAUAGCAAAGAUGGCUUCACCACCGUGUCUUUGUCAUCAGGUACAGUAAAACAAGAAGGAGGACUGAAACGCGGCGCCGACGGUCGAUCGGAAGAUGGCGCUGUGAACGCCAAGCGGCGGCGCGGCGAAGUUAUCGGGGAUGACGUGGGGGAUCGCACAGUGGCCGACAUUGUCGCCACCAUCAACGAUCCCAACUACAUGUGCGGACCUGAUGCACUAUUUCAAAUGCAAGCGCCGCGCGACGAAGCGGCCAAGUCCGAGGAACAACGGAAGUUAAUUGAAUUUCACGUUAUAGGCAACUCCCUAACUGGACCUGUCAACAAACAGACCAUGCUGUGGCUUAUAGGUCUCCAUAAUGUUUUCUCGCAUCAGUUACCUGAAAUGACAAAAGAGUAUAUAUCGCAGUUGGUUUUUGACCCUAAACACAAAACAUUGGCGCUGAUUAAAGAGGGCAGACCAAUAGGUGGCAUCUGUUUCAGAACAUUCCGAGCACAGGGCUUCAGCGAGAUAGUAUUCUGUGCGGUGACGUCCAAUGAACAAGUUAAGGGCUACGGCACACACCUCAUGAACCAUCUGAAGGACUACCACAUACGGACCAAUAUACUGCACUUCCUUACGUUCGCUGAUGAAUUUGCUAUAGGAUACUUUAAGAAACAGGGCUUUAGUAAAGAUAUCAAGUUGCCGCGUGCAAUGUAUCAAGGCUACAUAAAGGACUACGAGGGUGCUACGCUCAUGCACUGUGAACUGAACCCACGAAUAGUAUAUACGCAGUUCACCACCGUCAUACGAAAGCAGAAGGAGAUCGUAAAGAAGCUAAUUGACAUAAGACAGAAGGAGGUCAGAAAAAUACACCCUGGAUUGACGUGCUUUAAAGAAGGAGUACGCAGUAUUCCUAUAGAAAGCAUCCCGGGGCUGCGCGAGACGGGCUGGCGCUCGAGCGGCGGUGUCGCGGGCUCGGGCCGCGCCCUCGAGCCCGACGCGGAGCCCGACCUCGCCGCACUGCGAAAUGUGCUUCAAGCAGUUAAAAAUCACGCAGCAGCUUGGCCGUUCCUGAAACCAGUUGAUAAGACCGAGGUACCGGAUUACUAUGAUCACAUUAAAUUCCCAAUGGACCUCCGCACGAUGGGUGAGCGCCUCAAGGCACGCUACUACGUGUCCAAGCGGCUGUUCAUCGCCGACAUGACGCGUAUAUUCACCAACUGUCGACUGUACAACUCACCAGAUACAGAUUAUUACAGGUGCGCGAACGGCCUAGAGAAGUACUUCCAAUCGAAAAUGAAAGAGGUGGGCCUGUGGGACAAAUGAUGCGAGUUCAAUUUCGACACGUUCUUCAUCCGCGAGCUCGUGGUCGCCGUCGGUGGACCGUCUCAUUGAUAUGGAAACCACGUGUUGGAACUAGAUAACUAGCUAAAGCCUAAUUAGAACUGAUUUAACCCUCUUAUUCAUAAAAACUAAAAAAAAUCAACAAUUUCAACAAUAGCUAAAAAAUUGAUUAAACGAUCGAUGUUUUUAUGAAUAAUGGCGUUAGUGUGCAGUCAAGCGAUUAAGUAAAAAUAAAAAGUAUUGCUGUUCAGGCACGCUUAGCUGCUUCUCUAAACAACUUCAAAGUGGAUGAGGGCAUACAGUAUGUUAAUUAACGUAAUCUGUUCCUUAAUAGUGGUGUUAGUAUUCAUUAAUAGCGAUUAAAAAAAAUUACCAAAAUAUAAAUUGAAAUUCUCGAAAAUAAUAUGUAUCUGUAUAAACAGCACCAUUUAAUAAUAGUUGUGUAAAAAAUUGUACUGUAUAGCGCUGUUGGUACUGAUACAGUUGUACUUUUGUUUUUGUAUUUGUUGGUACAAAAAUUAUUGUUCUAAGAAAAAAUCAUUUUUUUUUAAACCCUAUUCAAGUUUACUGACACCAGUUUUAAGAAAUGAGAUAUUUUAAUUGACAUACUGUAUGUAAAGGAUUGUUUGAGCGUGUUUUUUUUUUAUAUUUCUAAGCUGAUUUUCGUAAUUCUUUGUUUAAUUGAAAGGACUUACUUUAAGUAUGGUCCCAAUUAAAUAUAAAUAAAAAUUAAGACUGUUUUUUAUGUAAAAAAAAUAUAAAUUUAUGUGAAUAUGUGGUUGUAAUGAGCGGUAGGUACUGUAAAAAUGCGUAAAAAUACGUUACCUUUUCGCUGUGUCCAGACUCAUAAGUAUUGUAUCCUAACAAAUCAUAAAUGGUAUUGUACUAGUGUUUGUUCAUUAUAUCCCAAAUAGUAUAUUUAUGCUAGAUUUCAUGUUGAUUGAUUGAGUCCUAAAAGCUUGAAGAGGUAAUAAACACUUUUUUAGUAUUAGUAAGUAAGUAAGUAGUGGCUGUGUAGUCCCAGCAUAGAAUAGUCCACCCCUUCCUUACCCGUGAGUGUCGUAGAGGCGACUAAGUGAGCUUAUGGUGGAGAGAUAAACAGCAGCGACCCUCUUAAAUCAUCUCCAUAGUCUAACUGCGCUUACAGUCAAAACCCUCCGAAGGAAGAGACUUAUGUUCAGCAGUGGACAGUUAAAGGCCGACAUGAUGAUUAGUAAAAAUUGUGUGCUCAAGUAUUAAAAUAAUACUUAAUCCAUAAUUCCAAUUAUAAAUUUAUAGUAAUAGUCACAUUGUAAAUAAGUCAUUUGUCGUUUACAUUAUAGAUGUAAAAAAAAAUUAUACUUUUUGCAUUCUAAAAAUCUAAUGCAAAAAGAUUAAAUCAAUGCUUCUCUUUUCAAAUAAUAAUCAUAAAUAUAUAUAGUAUUUUAUAAUAUUCCAGUAAUACUUAGUUAAAAUAUUUCAAAAUACUUUUUUUUUCUAUUUUUGCUUUCGUGUUUUUGUUGAUAUACAAGUGUAUGUAAAAAUAUAUAUACAAUCAACUGUAUAACAUACCUUAGAUUAUAUAGAUGGAGCUUCGAGUCUUAAUAACGGGUCAACUUUUUGUCAGCUGUCAAAUUAGCUGACUCCUUUUUUUUAUCAGUGUUCUGUAUUUACUUAUGCACAUAAUGUAUCUAUAUUUAAUUAUUUAAUAAAUGAAUUUUUGCGCAUUAAAAGAGUACAGAAUUUAUAAGACAAAAUAAAUAUAGAAGUUGUAAAAGAAUCACUCAUAACUAUUUAUCAUGCAAAAUUGUAUGAACAAGUUGACCCUCUUUUCUCGAAGCCUUUGUAUGAAGACAAUCUAUAUAGUCUUAGCUAAUUACAUAUUAUGGGUAAUGAAUAUUGGAUAAAAUAAUUAACGAUUUUAUAUUUGUUGUAUAUGGUAAGAAUUAUGCAAUUUUGGAGGUUAAAUAAACGAUUUUUAUUUUAAA